GCACCUCCCGCCGCGGGCUCAGCGGCCCGGGCCGGGGGAGGGGGGGCGGCGUGCGCGCCCCGAUCCGCGGGACAUGGCGGGAGGGCACUGCGGCAGCUUCGCCGCGGCGGCGGCCGGCAGCGGCGAGAUUGUGCAGCUGAACGUGGGGGGGACCAGAUUUAGUACCUCAAGACAGACUCUUAUGUGGAUUCCAGAUUCUUUUUUUUCCAGUUUGCUGAGUGGAAGAAUUUCAAGCCUUCGAGAUGAAACUGGUGCUAUAUUUAUUGACAGAGAUCCAGCAGCAUUUGCACCCAUUUUAAAUUUUCUCCGAACAAAAGAACUAGACUUAAGGGGAGUGAGUAUUAAUGUUCUCAGACAUGAAGCGGAAUUUUAUGGAAUCACUCCAUUAGUAAGAAGGCUUCUCUUAUGUGAAGAGUUGGAGCGCUCGUCUUGUGGCAGCGUCCUUUUCCACGGUUACUUGCCUCCCCCAGGUAUUCCUAGUCGUAAAAUAAACAACACAACUAGAUCCUCUGCUGAUUCUAGGAAUGGACUAAACUCUGCAGAGGGUGAAGCUCGGGCAAAUGGUACCCAGCCUGUUCUCCCUGCAACCGAAGAAGAGACUGUUAGGCUAGGGUUUCCUGUGGACCCACGGAAGGUUCUGAUAGUAGCUGGCCAUCACAACUGGAUCGUAGCAGCCUAUGCCCAUUUUGCCGUGUGCUACAGAAUCAAAGAAUCUUCAGGAUGGCAGCAAGUGUUUACAAGCCCUUACUUGGAUUGGACUAUUGAACGGGUGGCUUUAAAUGCAAAAGUGGUGGGCGGUCCCCAUGGGGACAGAGACAAGAUGGUCGCCGUCGCCUCUGAGAGCAGCAUCAUCCUAUGGAGCGUGCAGGACGGAGGCAGCGGGAGUGAAAUCGGAGUGUUCAGCCUUGGUGUUCCUGUAGAUGCCCUCUUCUUCAUUGGUAACCAGUUGGUGGCCACGAGUCAUACAGGGAAGGUGGGAGUGUGGAACGCCGUCACUCAGCACUGGCAGGUUCAAGAUGUUGUUCCUAUAACUAGUUAUGACACCGCUGGGUCCUUCCUUCUACUAGGAUGUAACAACGGAUCGAUAUAUUACAUAGAUAUGCAGAAGUUCCCUUUGCGGAUGAAGGAUAAUGAUCUUCUGGUAACUGAACUUUAUCACGAUCCUUCCAAUGACGCCAUCACUGCUCUGAGUGUUUACCUCACGCCCAAAACCAGUGUCAGUGGUAACUGGAUUGAGAUCGCCUACGGCACGAGCUCCGGAGCGGUGCGAGUUAUUGUGCAGCAUCCGGAGACGGUGGGCUCAGGCCCUCAGCUUUUUCAGACCUUCACCGUUCACCGGAGUCCCGUUACCAAGAUCAUGCUGUCGGAGAAGCAUCUGGUGUCAGUCUGUGCAGAUAACAAUCAUGUCCGGACAUGGACGGUCACACGCUUCAGGGGCAUGAUCUCUACUCAGCCAGGUUCUACUCCUUUAGCAUCGUUCAAGAUCCUGUCUCUGGAGGAGACAGAAAGUCAUGGAAGCUAUUCCUCUGGAAACGACAUAGGGCCUUUCGGAGAGCGAGAUGAUCAGCAGGUAUUCAUCCAGAAAGUUGUUCCGAUCACUAACAAGCUGUUUGUCAGACUCUCAUCUACUGGGAAAAGGAUAUGUGAGAUCCAAGCCGUCGACUGCACGACGAUCUCCUCAUUUACGGUGAGAGAGUGCGAGGGCUCCAGUCGGAUGGGCUCGCGGCCGCGGCGCUACCUGUUCACAGGGCACACGAACGGCAGCAUUCAGAUGUGGGAUCUGACCACAGCCAUGGACAUGGUGAACAAAAGCGAAGACAAGGACGUGGGUGGGCCGACAGAGGAGGAGCUGCUCAAGUUACUGGAUCAGUGUGACCUGAGCACGUCACGCUGUGCCACUCCAAACAUCAGCCCGGCGACCUCUGUGGUUCAGCACAGCCGUCUGCGGGAAUCGAAUUCCAGCCUGCAGCUCCAGCACCAUGAAACCAUCCACGAAGCAGCUACUUAUGGUUCCAUGAGGCCCUACAGAGAGAGUCCUUUGUUAGCGAGAGCGAGGCGGACUGAGAGCUUUCACAGCUACAGGGACUUCCAGACUAUUAAUUUGAACAGAAAUGUAGAAAGAGCUGUGCCUGAAAAUGGUAACUUGGGUCCAAUACAAGCUGAAGUAAAGCGGGCCACAGGGGACUGUAGUGUGUCUGAGAGAAAGUCUCCUGGAACAGAAAUAAAAAGCCUGAGAGAAUCAGAGAGUGGAUCUGAAGCACAUAAAAUGGAGGCUUUUCUAGAAUCCAAGAAAAGGGCAUCAGAAGAUGAAAAUGAAAAUAAAGUGGAAUUCAGGAAGAAAGGAUUUGAAGGAGGGGGACUCCUUGGAAGAAAGAAAGUUCCCUGUCUGGCCUCGUCCCCAAGUGCUCCCGAUGGAGGGACUGACUCGCCUGGUACUGCGUCCCCCUCCCCUACAAAGACCACUCCCUCCCCACGGCAUAAAAAAAGUGAGUCUUCAGGUCAAGAGUACAGCUUGUGAAAACUCGCCAAAAUGAAGUCACUUAUUAAUUUAGAUGGAAGCUACACUGGACUGGAUUUCCGUGCAUUAGCUUUUACAUCAACACUUUCCAAGUUAAAAUCUGACCUUCUUUACAGUCUUUUUAACAGAAUUACCUGGAGUAAGGAGAUAAAAUAUCUCUUGUGAACUUCUGAAGCCUGUGUUGUUUUACAAGUACAUUUACCUGAUAAUUUGUAAAGCAGGGGUUCAUUUCCAUGCGUAGCUGCUCCAUGGAGUUGGGAACUAUAGUACGACCUAAUAAGUGGCACCCGCAUAGACGAGGCCCCCUUCGGGUGUGGGAACCAUCAGACUGCUUUCCUCAUCUUGAUUCUGUCUGAGACUUGUCUUGCAGUAUUAUCGUAAGUGAAUCACAUAAUUCUCUUUGAAACUUACUCUCUCGAACAUUAUUGUGAUUGCAAAGUGUUUACCAGAUAAUUAAUGAGGUGCUACGUUUGUGAAAAAAUAUCAUGUAAUUCAAAAACACUAUUGAUGUUGAAUACCACAUUACACUGUGUAGCCGUCUGUCCCUUAGGGUAACUUUAUUGUAGGUCAUUUUCUAAUUGUCAUUGUGGGAGUUCUUAAAUCUUAGCAAGCAUCACUAAUAUUAAAUGUCCCAAGUCCAUUUAAACUUCCUUUAAAGUUGGAGCAAUUGUCUGUGUUUGAACAGAUGAAAUAAAAAUAAUAAUGAAGGACAAAGCUAUGAGUGCCCAGAAGGGACUUGUUAGUCUGCCUGGUUUUAGGAGCCACUGCAUUUUUUUUUCCUGUGUUAAUAAUCGAGAUAAUUAAAUCAAAAUGUGGUCCUUUUAAGCUUAUGAGACUGCAGUGCUGAAUUUUUGGUUACAAAGGUUUCAGAUGCUGUAAAAAUGUUAAUUCUGAAUAUAUUUUAAAUUGUGAGAGUAAAACAUUUUGUACUUUUUUUUUCAUUUAAUUGGAAUGAUAUCCAAGUUUGCAAAUAAGGUAAUUGUAAAUUUAAAGCAUUAAGCAUUUAUUGGUGGAAAAUGUAUAUAUUACCAUUCCAAGAAAUAUACAUGAGUAAAGCUGAAAUAAAUUCUUUAAAGUUUACUAUA